AUGGGCUCUUUUAAAAACACAAUGAUAGUUUUCUUUAUGCUGAUGACCUGUGGAUUGGGAUAGCAGAUUAGAGCUAUUACAGCUUAUUAGAACUGUGAUCAGAAAUGGCAUAGCGAAUAAAUCAACGGCGAUUCCCAAAAAACUAUUUGCUAAAAUGGUAGCUUGGUAAGUUGCAUAUCAAUGAUAUUACAAACAAGUGGCAAGACAAUAAACAAUAGAGCUGUGAACCCAGCAAUAUUGAAUAAAUACUUGACCAAUAACAAUGGGUAUAAAUAAGGAAGUGAAAUUAAUUUUUCAGUUUUGGACAAGGUUGGCUUACACAUUGUGAAAACAGUAUCUGAUUUAAGGACAGCCAUAGAAUAUUAUAACAACAAGUACUACAUUGUAUUGAACAUAAAUUACGGAAAGAACUAUGGAGUCUUAAUUGGAUAUAAUGAAAAGGAUGCGAUCUACCUAAUUAAUAAUCCAAUCAACCCAUCAGAAACCAAAGUAGCAGCCAAAGACAUUACUGUGGCGUUGAUCUUUAAACCCCUUUGA